AUGAUCACUUGCGGUCACGCUGUCGGCGACCACAAUUCGAAAUGUCUGUUAGAUUUUCUCGGGUAUAUUGUGAACUACGCUGCCGAUUUGACGCUAGUGGAAGAAUUUAUCACAGAAUAUUGUCCUAGACUAGCUGGUUCAAGUGGAAACGAGAGUCUCGUUCUGGGUAUCUCGAGUAUUAUCCGCUCCUUUAAUUGGAAUGAUAUUGAAGAGGCGAUUCUAAACCUUACGAUACAGGUUCCGGAUUGGGGGAUAUGGAAAAGUGAGGAGAACAUUCCUCGUAUCGAUGUAGAGAUGACAUUACGGGUGAUCGGCGGACUGGAUAGAGGACCUGCACAGCAAAAAUUGCUGACGUUAGCUGUGGAUAAGGCUGCAAAGCUCGAUUCGAAGGAAUUGCAGCAUCCCGGUAUCCUCAAUCUCUUGUGGAAAUGGACUAUCCGCACUGAUGAUAGCAAGAUCUUUGGUACUGUCGCCACGAAGUGUAGCAAGAUGGAUUCUAGCCAACUAGGUCCAGUCAUCGAGGCAUUGUUGGUGUAUAUUGGAGAGCUUGCUCCAAGCGACGGUAAAGUGGAUAUUUUGAAAUCCCUCAUGAGCAAACGGAUCGAGUGGUUGAAGCAACAAAUCGAAGGGUUAGAUAGAUAA